CAAGCCUUUAUAUGCAGCUAAAUACAGCACCUUUAUCUACUGCAGCAAAGAUAUGAAAAUAAGCUCCUGCAAGAGAGUGUUGACUGGAUGCAGUCAUGUCCAGUGACGAUAAAAGCAAAGACAACCCUUCACAUGAGUGCCCUGUGUGCUACGAGCGUAUGCAAAACCCAUCAAUAUCUGAGAGGAAACUCAGCUGUGGGCAUUCAUUCUGCCACGACUGCCUAGUGAAGUAUCUUAUCACAGCUAGGAAAGAGGGCUCCAUUAAAAAAAACAUCAUCUGCCCGCUAUGUCGCUAUGUGACGUUUCUCAGCAAAAGGGGGCUCAUUAUGCCUCCCAGGACAGAGGACAUGAACCAGAUUUUGGAGGUCCCUCUUACACCUCAUUGCCCGAGGCAUUCCAUUGACCUUGAGAGUCAAAAUAACUUGAUUAUACCAAUCCCUGAAACUACAGAGGAGAAUGGUCCAAGUGAUCUCCCCAGCUGUACUUGCCAGGAUGACUCUAACCCUGAACUUGCAGGACACAACUGUGGGUCACAGGUCUUCUUCAUCAGUGACCAAGGUCAACCCAUGGAAUGUGAGGACAUUGUUGACACACAAGCUCAACCUGUGGAUGCCAGGGUCAACUGCUGCCGCUCCCCAGCCUUGAUAAUGAUUAUGUUAAUGAUAUUACUUGUUGCGGUCAUUUCAGCUGUCAUUCCCUGGAUAUUAUUAGGCAGAAGGACCUGAUUACAUGCUUCUGCUAUUUAUCUCAAUAAUUAUUUAUAGCAGAAUAUGACAAUGUGCGAUUACGUUUCCUCUACAUGGAUUUUAUUAUAUAUGUUGUAUUGGUUAAAAAUCUGGUUCACAAAUUCCACCUAUUUAGGCCUUACGUCAAGUUUUCAGCAAACAUCACAACUUGCUUGUGACCUGAGAAUAUCUAUGGGUCCAAGGAAUUCCGUUAUUUAAUCAUUUUUCCUUGUGACAUCCACAAGAAAGGACACAAUUCAGAUAUUAAACUUUCAAUCAUUAGUAUCUAAUUGGUGCUAUGGUGCGUUCUGUGGACAUGAAAUAGAAAGAAAGGAGUUCUCUAAACAAGUCAUUGUCAAACAUUUAGCAGC